AUGACAAAUUAUAUAGUUUGUUUAUGUCAUUUUUGUGAAUUACAUGGUCCAUCAAUAAUUAUAUGUACUCAAUUGACUACAAAAGACAAAAAACAAGAUUAUUUAUUACAAUCAAAUUCUAAAACAACUACAAAUUCAUGUUCAUCAUGUCAAUUAAUAUUACCUGAAAAUGUGAUAAAUUUAUCAACAACUGUAACUACACCAAAAAAUGAAACUCAAGAAUUUAUAUCAACUCAAUACCCAACUUCUCAAAAACGAUAUGCAGCAUUAACAAAAUUAGUAAUGAAAUCCUUAUCAAUUGAAACUAACUUAGACCUAACAAAACCCAAUUUUUUCGGUGAUAAUAUAAAUGGAUUUUGUAUUAAUAAAAUUUUUAAAAUAUAUGAUGUAAAUUCAAGAGGUCUUGAAAGAAAAUAUGGAUUAAUGUUAAUUAGUGAUAAUGAAAUACAUUUAUUACAAAAUUGGGAUAUUAUAACAUUAUAUUUUAAUGAAUAUAUAUAUCAAUUACAAUUAAAAAUAAAUGAAACAAAUGAAAAGAAUUAUGCUAAAACUGAAAAUUCAAAUAAUGAAAAAUAUCUUAGAAGAUCAAUGAUUAGACCUAAACUGUUAAUUGAAUUAACUAAUGAUGAACAAAUUUUUGUUAAAUUUCAUUUAUGGGCUAUUGAAGUUUUAAAAGAUGCAAUACGAUGA